AUUUACAAAGGACUUUUUCAAAUCUAUGCCACACAUAAGGUGUGGUAGUGAAUGAAUUUUCUUGUUGGGUUAUGAAUGGGUAAACUCCCAAAUUAAUUUCAUUUUCUUCCCAAGUAAAUAUUUAUGAAUGGCUGGAAACAGUGGAUGGGUUGUUGUGACUGCACUGAGGGCAUUUCAAUUCCCUUUAGGUACACAAAAACACCGAAUGCCCAGCCAAUAGCCUGAGAGUAAAAAAAGGGAGAAAACUGUAAGACUUGUCCACUUUCUCUCAGUGAUUUGCACAGCUCGUCUGUGACCAUGGCACAGUCUCGGCUUCUGCUGUUAGUGAUCUGCUUUAGUGUCCUCCCGUCCGGAUAUGGCCAUCCCUCUCGCUCCAAAAAAGCAGUUCCAGCUCGACAGAGAGAUACAGCGACAGAGGAUGAGGACAUGAGGACACAGAUUGACAAGCUGUGGCAGGAAGUCAAUUCCCUGAAAGAGAUGCAGGCGCUGCAAACAGUUUGCCUGCGUGGCAUCAAAGCCCACAGGAAGUGUUACCUGCUCUCUGAGCAGGCCAAGCACUACCAUGAGGCCAACGAGGACUGCAUCGCACAGGGAGGGACCCUGGCCAUCCCUCGAGACAUCAACCAGAACGACGAGCUCACAGACUAUGUCAAACGCAGCUCACCCGUAUCCAAAGAUUUCUGGAUCGGCAUAACAGACAUAGUGAAGGAAGGCCAGUAUGUGGACGUGAACAGCCUGCCUGUCACUUUCUUCCACUGGGAUCGUUCCAAGAGAGAGCCGACUGGAGGGAAGAGAGAGAGCUGCGUCGCUCUCUCGCUGGCAGCACAGGGAAAAUGGCACGACGAGGUCUGUCGCAGUCAGAAGAAAUACAUCUGUGAAUACCUGAUCCCAUGAUGUGCAUGGCGCAUGUUAAAUGCCAGCCUGUCAUUAAGCCGCUCAUUAAAAAUGAAA